AAUAGUUCUUAACUAGACAUCUUUAUGUCUGCUGAUGUAUGGUUUACCCUCUGAAGGCUGCAUUAUGUCGCCAUCUCAGAACGUUCAGUCAAUUAGAAUUUUAAAGAUAGAGUUCUCAUUUGUUAUUUUGUAGCACUUGAUAUUGUUCUCUGACUGUGACAUAAGAUGCUCGCGCGUGCCUUUUUUGUGAACGGGUAGACGUUUCUUAAAAUAAUUACAUAAACAGUAUGACAUCAUAGUAACAAGCAGCUCCCACCCAGAGACAACCGCCCACUUGGAGCAAUUGCCUGAACUUGCUAACUUUACUGCAAGUCACGGGACAUCAGCGAUUGGUGCGCAACAAAUUCUGAUUGUCCGAAGCGCUUGUCUUUGCCAAGCUGGUGCAUCUCGAUUUUUUACAAGAAAAUUCCACAAAAAGCGCCUAAGGGGCCGACGGCAGGACGUGUCUGAUCCGAUGGCCAGCAGCCGAAUAUCCAGCACCAUGAGUACCGCGCCUCCGCUGGGUCUCCCUCUGCUCCUCCCGCUGCUCCUGGUGUUAACGGGGCUGCGCGGGGGCGUCUGUGAGGAAUACCCCCGGGGCUGCGCGGGGGGGGGGGGCAGGUCCAGGGCCUGGUCCUGGGACGAUGGCCCCCCGGAGGCCCGCCAGUUUAGCAGGAAGCUGUACGGGGCCUGCCGAAUGCGGCCCAGCACCAGGCUGGCCCAGGACCAGCCCAAAGUGUACGGCCACGUGCUCUUCCGGCAGGACGGGCCCGAGGCGCCGGUGCAGGUGCUGCUCCACCUGCACGGGCUUCCCGCUGCCAGCCGGCAGCCGCUGGCGGUGCACGUGCACCAGUACGGCGAGCUGAGCGAGGGCUGCGACUCCACCGGCGACCAUUACAACCCGGACUGCUACUCCCACCCGCACCACCCCGGCGACUUCGGCAACUUCGUCCCGCGGCGGGGCCGGAUACGCGAGCAGCGGGAGGCGGCCGGGGGCGAGGGCGGGGCCACGCUGUUCGGCGGGACGAUGCUGUUCGGCCGCGCCGUGGUGAUCCACGAGGGAGAGGACGACCUCGGGCGGGGCGGCGACGAGGGGAGUCGUCUCCACGGCAACGCCGGGCGCAGGCUGGCCUGCUGCGUCAUCGGCCUCAGCUCCCCGAAGCUCUGGAACAAGAUCCUCCAGCAACAGAGCACCCCCUCAGGGUAACAUGGGAGCAACGAGCCACACCCAAAAACCCUCGGCAUCCUCCCUCUCUCCCUCCCUCUCCCUCUCUCUCUCUCUCCCUCUCCCUCCCCCUCUCUCUCCCUCUCCCUG